AUGAAGAAGAAAGUCUUGCUUAUGGGUAAAUCAGGAUCUGGUAAAACUUCCAUGCGAAGUAUUAUAUUCAACAGCCAAUCAAGCGAUUCAACCUCUACCGUACAAGCUACACUUUCAAUAGAAGCACAAUCACUACAACUCCUCAGUUCACUCAGUCUAAACAUCUGGGAUUGCGGUGGACAAACGAAUUUCUUAUCAAGUUAUAUAUCGCAUCAACGCGCAGACGUGUUCAAAGAUGUAGGCGUCCUUAUUUACGUUUUUGAUGUUACGACACCAACGAAUCAAUCAAGCGAUGAAUUAAGCUGGUUCUCACAAUGUUUAGAAGGUUUAAAAGAAUAUAGAAAGGACAAUGAUAGCCUUAAAGUCUUUAUCUUGGUAAAUAAAAUGGAUUUAGUUAGCAAGCAGGACAUAUAUGCUGUCUUCAAUAGACGCAGAAAUGAAAUUUUUCAAUCUGUUGAUCAAAUAAUAAAAUACAAUGAUAAUAUCGAAGUUGAGUGCUUUAUGACAAGUAUAUGGGAUCAAUCACUUUACAAGGCAUGGUCAAAAAUUGUGACAAAGUUACUCCCUUCUUCUAGUAAAAUGACUGGAGCGCUCACACACUUCGCUAGACAAGCUCAUGCAACCGAGGUUGUCUUAUUCGAGAGGACAACUUUUCUUGUUAUUGGACAAACGACACUUAAUAAAUACGGAGAAGAAGAGAUCGACCUUGAAGAUGAGGAUGACAAUGACGAGGAAUACAUCAACGUAACGAACCGUAAUAUCAAAUUAUCGAGACACCGUUUCGAAAAGAUCAGUCAGCUUAUCAAAUCUUUCAAGCACUCGUGCUCUAAACUCAACAAUCAGUUCAAUUCUAUGCAAAUAUCAGAAAAAUAUUACAAUGCAGUCCUUGAACCACUCACAGUAAAUACUUACAUAUUGGUAAUAACCGAUAAUACCAACAUUUCACCAUCAGCCAUACAGAUGAAUAUCAGACUUGCUAAACCAUACUUCGAAAAGGUAGAGCACAGUUUCAUAGAUACCAAUACAGCAUCACAACCAACAAGUUCAAGUAGCUCAAUAAAGAGUGAAAAAUCUAUAAAUUAAUGCAUAUAUGUCUACUAAAUAUCUUGGAUGGAUAUAACAUCUUGAUCAGAUUUUAUAGUAGGGAUUUUAACAUGCUCAGCUGGUGGUACGUAAUCAUCAGCAGCUGUCAGGACUUCACAACCAUCUUCAGUGAUUAAAAUAGUUUCUUCGAAUUGUGCACUUCUAACACCAUCUCUUGUAACAGCAGUCCAAUUGUCAUUCCAAUGAUCCACAUGAUAACUCUUGCUUGCGUUAACCAUCGGUUCAAUUGUGAAUAUCUGACCUGGCUUCAUUUCACCCUUGCUUCUCAUGUUCUCAUGAUGGAGAAUAGUUGGUGCUUGGUGGAAUUCCCUACCAACUCCAUGUCCAGUGUAGGUUUUAACAACUGAGAAACCUUCCUUGUCACAGGUUGGUUGUAUUUGACUACCAAUAUUUCUAAAUGGUGUACCUGGUUUACAGAUCUUGAUAGCGUUAUCUAACGAUCUUCUAGUAACUUCAAUAAGUUUCUUACUAGCAUCGUCAACAGAACCAACUGGGUAAGUUGCAUUCAAAUCAGUAUGGAAACCAUCUUUGUAUACACUGAUAUCUAAAUUGACGAUAUCACCUUCCUUAAAUUUACGUUUGUCGGGUAUACCAUGACAGAUAACUUCGUUUACAGAGAUACAUACUGAUUUUGGAAAGCCGUGAUAAUUCAAUGGGGAAGGAUAUGAACCGUUCUCGAUAGCGAGUUUAUGCAUGUAUUUGUCAAGUGCGUCUGAUGUCACACCUGGUUUGAUUUGUUGAGCAGUUUUAUCAAGUAUGUAUCUACCGAG